GAUCAUCUCAAGACUUUUUAUUGGGCCACACUUCGCCCCCAAGAAACAAUAUUUCUUAUCAAUAAAAAACGGUACGAUUGUCUCCUAAAGAAACACUUCUCUCUCCAUCUGCUUUGAUGAUGGCACUCUCUGUGACCACGAGAUCUCAACGAGAAGCCAGCAACGACGUCGACGAGAUCGCAGAGAUGGACAUUUUCCAUAAAUUCGACGUGGUUUCGGACUCAUCCGACCACUAUUACGUCAACAACAAGGCAGCCAAAAUGAACGGUGGAGAUUGCUUCAGCAAUAUCUCGAGUAAAGUCCACAAAAAGAUCAUAAAAGAGUGGAGGAUUCUUGAAAAACAUCUUCCUGAUACAAUCUACGUGCGUGUUUACGAAAAUCGUAUCGAUUUACUGCGAGCAGUUAUCAUAGGCGCCGCAGGUACACCGUACCACGAUGGACUCUACUUCUUCGACAUUGCUUUUCCGUCUGAUUAUCCAUCAAGACCGCCUCUUGUUUACUACAAAUCAUUCGGGUUACGUAUUAACCCGAAUCUCUACGCGAACGGGCGUGUCUGUUUAAGCCUUGUGAACACAUGGCAUGGCAAAAAGAGUGAGAAAUGGAACCCUAAUGAGUCAACGGUGCUUCAGGUUUUGGUCUCAAUUCAAGCUCUUGUUUUAAAUGAAAAGCCGUAUUUUAAUGAACCGGGUAUCGGGAUAUGGCCGGGUCGGGCAAUCUGGGAAAAGAAGUCAAAUUCUUACAGCGAGGAUGUGUUCGUAUUAUCAUGCAAGACAGUGCUGUUUAAUUUGCGUAGGCCACCUAAGAAUUUCGAAGGGUUUGUCGUUAGGCAUUUUAAAGAGCGUGCCCCCAUGAUAUUACUGGCUUGUAAUGCGUAUGUAAAUGGCCGAGUUGGAAUCGGGUACUAUAAUUAUGAUACGAGUGACGGAUCAUUAUCUUCGACCUCAAGGAGUUUGGGUACUGAAGUGUCGCAAAAAUUCAAGGCUAUGAUUUUACAAUUAUAUCCGGAGCUGGUGGCGGGUUUUACUAGGAUUGGUGCUGCCUUGGAGAAUUUGAGCGAGCAAUUGAAGUUGGAGAGGAAAACGCCGUCGUUUAGGAAGCAGGUGGUGAUUAAGAAGAAGAAUAUGAAUAGCAAUAAUAAGAACAGUGGGGUUGCUGCAAGGGUUUUAAGCAAAUUAAAGAAGGUUUUGGGAUUGAAGAAAAAACAAUAGUGUCACAAAAGAAUACUCAUUGAAGGAUGUGAAAGGGAAAAUUAAAGAAGUAGGCAAGGAGGGACCCAAUUGGAAUUUUAGGAGACUUUAGACAAAGUAAAGUCAAGAGUAGAGUUUGAUUUAUUGAAUAGAGUUUUUUCUUUUUCUUCGUUUGGAAUGAUUAUAUGACUUGGAAGGUAUAUAAUUUGGUUGAUAUGAUGCCUUUUUUUUUAUAAAUUAAAAGAAUAUAAAGUCAUUAAUUAUGUAA